AUGUUCGGCAAACUCCCCUCAGCCGCCCUGGUGUUGGCACUAAGUCUGACAACCCAGGCGACGCAAAUCUUCAGUAACACCGGAACAACCUCAGGCUGGGAUGCCUCCAACCAGGAACACUCUGGCACAGUCCAACAAGUGACCAACGUAUUUUACGAAGGACCAACAGCCCUGAAGAUGACCCAAGUCUACGACUCGAGCUACACAGGCCGCUACCACUCGGAAGUUGUCAAGAACAACGUGUACAAGCGCGGCGACACAGGCUUCUACGGCUUCACUUUCCGCCUCCAAGAAAACUGGCAAUUCUCCCCAGCACAAUCCUACAACAUUGCCCAAUUCAUCGCCGACUUCACCGACACCGGCUGCGACGACUGGAUGCCAUCAAGCAUGGUUUGGCUCGUCGGCAACCAGCUCUACACACGCGUGAAGCAAGGCACAAUCUGCGCGCAGAAGAUCCAGACAUUCUCCAACUUGGCCACUGUGACUGCAGGCGCAUGGCACAAGGUUGAGAUCCAGUCUAGCUGGAAGUCUGAUGGCACUGGGUUUUACAAGCUGUGGUUUGAUGGUGUUAAGGUUCUCGAGGAGUAUAACAUUGCUACUACCAUUGCCGAUGAUCGGGCGUUCCAGUUCCGUGUUGGUCUCUAUGCUAAUGGAUGGCAUGAUGAUAAGACUAUGAAGGGCACCCAGGGUACUCGGCAGAUUUGGUAUGAUGAGAUUGCUGCUGGAACUGUUUUCGCAGAUGCCGAUCCUGAUCAGUGGUGA